AUGCCGACUGCAGCUCUGCUCCGCACAGUAACCGCCGUCUCUCACAGCUUCGUCCGGCCAACAGUCUCUGUCCGUCUCCGGUUUCUCCGUCUGCCGUUUCCGGCUGUCCGUCCACUUCGGCGCAUGUCCUUCAUCCCGUUUCUCGGCAGCUUAUUCUCGUCUGGCUCUGCCAAGCAGGACACCAUGUCGUACCCCGACAAGCGCACUGAAAGCGAGUGGCAGGCCAUCCUCAGUCCUCGCACCGAGUCGCCCUUCUCGGGCGACUACGACAAACACUUUGCUGACACCGGCGUCUACACGUGCGCCGGCUGCGACGCACCCAUCUACAAGGCCUCGCACAAGUUCAAGUCAGGCUGCGGCUGGCCGGCCUACUUUGACAGCCUGCCCGGUGCCAUUGUGCGCCACGAGGACACCACGCACGGCAUGUUACGCACCGAGAUCGUGUGCGCCAACUGCGGCGGCCACCUCGGCCACGUCUUCAAGGGCGAGGGCUACGACACCCCGACCGACGAGCGACACUGCGUCAACAGCAUCAGCCUCAAGUUCUCGCCCGAAGAUGCGGCUGCCAGCAAGGCCUGA